GUGGGGCCCUAAACAUCACUGCCGCAAGGCAUCAAUGACAGUUAUUGGAUAUUUCAUCAGGUAUAAAACUUGUAUUCUUACUUCUGUCCUCCCGCAACCUUUCAAACCUCCCUUCACAUUUCACCCACCAUGGCUAGAUCCAUAACUCGCACGCACGGUGUCAAGCUCAACCCCCUCUUUAUUGGUUCUCCCAGUGGGGAGCGCUAUCAUGUACAAGUCCCCAUAGAAUGGGAUGUGCGCUACAAUCCAAUGCAUUAUGCAGAAGUAGCAAACAUGCCUCUAUUGUCAUCCCACCUGUCACAAUUUGCAACUAAUCCCCCUAUCCCAAAGUUGCAACUUGUCUGUGACUUACUGUCCCCUGGAUGGGAGAUAAUAGCCCGUAACCCAACUGGGGUGACAGUGCAAGAUGUGUUAGAAGCGAUUUAUGAGACGCUCCACGGGCUUCUGCGGACGUAUGAGUGGGAGGGCAUGUCGCUCAAGCAGCGCAGCCGUAUUGAAGAUAUACACCGCGCGCGCUGCGCGGCGUCUUCAGACCCUGAGUACACACGCUUAGCGGGUGUGCGCAGAGUAGAUUGUCUGCUCUCAACGACCAUGUUUGCUGGACUUACCUCGUUGGUCAGGAGGAGAGAGCAGUGGCAGGUGGUCCUCACGCUGUCACGCGAUUUUAGACCCCGUGCCUACUACUAG